CCGCCGACCAGGCAACUCCACAGCGUCUCAGCACCCUCUAUUGCCGCCUUCUAAAUCCGCGUUCCCUCUCCACUCUCCUUCGCAUCUCCACAUCAACUAUCUAAUACCGCCAUCAUGAAGAUCUGGUAUAUCGGCAUCGUGCGGAAUGAAGCUAAGCCCGUGUUUGAGUUGGCCGGCGUGGAUGGCUUGGACGCUCAAUACAACAGAUGGGUCGCGCCAGGCAUUAGGGAGAUAAUGAAAGCAUAUGUCACUACAAUCGCUGAACGAAUAAAGCCAGGAGAGAGGGACUCUGUUCGUGAGAAAGAUUACCUCUUGCACUAUUAUGUUCGUCCAGAAGGCAUCUGCGGCAUAGUAGUCACCGACCUUGAGUACAAGAAGGGGCCCGCUCAUAAAAUCCUCUCCCAAACCUGCGACGAGUUUCUCACUCAAUACCCUCGCUCGACAUGGCCGCUCCAGCCCACGGCUAAACAAGGCCAUACGGAACACCCCUAUGACAAGGUGCUGAAGGAGUAUCUGGGAAAGUUCCAAGAUCCGCUCCAAGCGGACAGCAUGCUAAAGAUCCAGCAUGAACUAGAUGAAACCAAAAUGGUGUUGAACAAGACCAUCCAGAGUGUGCUCGAGAGAGGGGAGAAGAUUGAGGAUCUGGUAGCCAAGAGCGAUGGACUGAGUGCGCAGAGUAAGAUGUUUUAUACUCAGGCCAGGAAGCAGAACUCCUGUUGUGCUGUCAUGUGAAUACUCUCUACCAGUGCUUUGAUGUUUCCCGGGCGUUUGUUAUUCGGUUCCACCUUUUGCUCAUAAUGCCUACCUUUCCGUAGCCUUUUACAAGUUCGAAGUACAUUUUCAAAUAGAAUUCAUAACAAGCUCAAAUAUCGCUGUUUUCGCGUAGCUAUGAGGCAUCAUAGCUCAACUAUAG